AGUGAGCGUAGCAGUCCACAAAGUUAUGAAGCCUGACUGCUUGACUUCUCUUGUGAGAGAGAGAGAGAGAGAGAGAGAGAGAGAGAAUGACUCUGGGUCUGAUCAACGCGAAUCCCGUUGUUCACGCGAAGAGGGAGAGGUUUCCCCGUCUCGACGAUCCUCACACCGACGACGCCGUUGAUCCUCUCGAAAUAUACGAGUAUGUAAGAGAUAUUAGGGAUCCGGAGCAUCCCUACUCUCUCGAGCAGCUCAGUGUGCUCUCCGAGGAGUCUAUAUCUGUUGAUGAGAAGCUCGGCCGUAUUUUGAUUACUUUUACCCCAACCAUCCAGCACUGCAGCAUGGCCACAGUCAUCGGUUUGUGCUUGAGGGAGAAAUUGAAGGAUUGUUUUCCUCCACAUUUCAAGGUAGACAUAAAAGUUGCUCCUGGAUCACAUGCCAAUGAGGAAUCAGUGAAUAAGCAGUUAAAUGAUAAAGAAAGAGUAGCAGCAGCUUUAGAGAAUCCAAACCUUCGCCAACUUGUUGAAGAAUGUUUGUAUUCUAGUGAACUUUGAGAGGAAGUAUGUUUGUAUUCUGAUGAACUUUGAGAGGAAGUAUGUUUGUAUUCUGAUGAACUUUGAGAGGUCCGCAAUCCUCUUCUCCGAGUAACUUGUAUAGUUGCUAAUUUGUAUCUUGUCUGUGGAACUGAGCUUCAUGCUGUGUUGUGUUCGAGGUGUUGUGAAAUUAUUAGUGGUUUGUCCAAAAAAUCAUACUAAAUGAGAUGGUGUUCUCCAACUCCAAA